AUGUCGCUGUCGUCUGGCGGCACCCAGCAUACAGUCGAGGGCAGAGGCGACGAAGAGAAGCCACAGGCCGACGCCAACGCCCAGGCCGGUCAGGAGACGAGCUCUACCAGCUUAGGAGCAGCCCCGGAUGGCGGCCUUCGCGCAUGGCUGGUGACGACAGGGGCGGCGUUCAUCACCUUUGCCGCUCUGGGGUACGCGAAUUCCUUUGGCGUUUUCCAAGAGUACUACAUGGCACACCAACUCGCCAACAAGUCAGCCGAUCAGAUUGCCUGGAUCGGAUCCCUGUCGUCCUUCAUCCAGUUUGGAGCCGGGACCAUUGGAGGACCACUGUUUGAUCGGUUUGGUGCAUGGAUUGUCCGGCCGGCUGUGGUGCUGUAUGUAUUCGGCAUCAUGAUGACCAGCCUGUGCCACGAGUAUUGGCAAUUCAUGCUGGCCCAAGGUGUGCUGCUGGGCCUAGCCACGGGUCUCCUGAUGGUCCCGUCGAUAGUGGCCGUGUCGCAGUACUUUGACAAGAAAAGAGCCGCUGCCCUGGGCCUGGCCAUAUCAGGAUCCUCCAUCGGCGGAGUCGUCUUGCCUAUUGCCUUCUCCAAGAUGUUAAACAGCUCGUCUCUGGGCUUCGGCUGGACCGUGCGGAUCAUGGGCUUCGUCAUGAUGCCCCUUUUGGCUUUCUCCUGCCUGACCAUCAAGUCUCGUCUGCCGCCGACAACGUCCACCUUCUUCAUCCCGGCGGCCUUCAGAAAAGCGAACUUCAGCCUCCUGGUCGUCGCCAUGUUCUUCCUGUUCCUCGGAAUGUUCACUCCGCUCUUCUUCAUCCCGACAUAUGCCGUGACGAGAGGCAUGCACGCAACGCUUGCUUCGUACUUGCUUGCCAUCAUCAACGCCGCCUCCACAUUCGGUCGUGUCGUCCCAGGUGUCUUGGCCGACAAAUUUGGGCGAUUGAAUAUAUUGGGACUCGGCGCCAUCUCCACUGGCGUCGUCAUCCUCUGCAUGAACAAGGCUGAGUCCACCGCAGCCUUGGUGGUGUAUUCGAUCGUCUUUGGCUUUACUUCUGGCACCAUCAUAUCUGGAGUCUCCGCGGCCUUCAGCGUCUGUCCGGAAGAUCCGCGAGAGAUAGGGACAUACGUUGGAAUGGGAAUGGGGGCGAGUUCGGUGGCUGUUCUGAUCGGUCCUCCCAUCAAUGGGGCACUUGUCCAUCGCUAUGGAGGAUUCUCACAACUUUCCAUCUUCAGCGGCGUCAUGUGUUUGACGGGCGGACUGGUUGCGUUUGCGAGCAAGGCUACAACGCCUGAAGGGAUUCUAGCGAGAAGAUAA